UGAUUCGAUGUUGCCACCAUCGCCUCGCCUGAAACCUCAUGUGCCAGCUUCCAGUAGUCCUUCAAUUCGUCGUGGGAGCUCAACGAUGCGCUUGGAACGUUCCAGAAGUCCAAAAAGUAUCCAAGUCAAAGUCAGAUGUUACUCAUUGAGCGGCGAACUCCUGACAGAAGUUGGCUUGGCAUUUCCACCUAGCCUUGUUGGAUUGAGAUCACUUGUCCGCGAAGCAGUGGCCUUCCAUCUGCUCAGUGUUUUUUUUCUUGGCUCCAGAUCCACUGACUUGUUUCAGUUUGGACGUUCGUCUAAGUGCUGUAGCAGGAGGAGUUGGAGUAGGAGUAGUAGGCGGUCGUCGUCGUCGGUGGUAGUAGUAGAGUGGUAGUGGUGGUGGUGGUGUUGGUAGUAGUAGUCGUCGUAGUCGUAGUUGUAGCAUGCAGUAGCAGUGGCAGGAGCAGUAGCAGCAGUAGGAGUAGGAGUAGGAGGAGUAGGAGGAGCAGGAGUAGGAGGAGUAGGUCGGAGUAGGAGUAGGAGUCUUAGGAGUAGGAGUAGGAGUAGUAGUAGUAGUCGUCGUCGUCGUCGUGGUGGUGGUGGUGGUGGUGGUGCUGGUAGUGGUAAGAAUAGUGGGAGGAAGAGUAGUAGUAGUACUAGUACACUAGAAGUCGUCGUCGUUGUCGGAGCAUUAGAUUCACAGCAUGCUUGAUAGACACUCUAACCCAAAAUGGUUUGCCAGGCCAGCAUUGAAGCAGACCGCAGCUUGCGCUUUUUUGCAGUUGGUGGAGCUGAGCUUCAGGAUUGUGACGAUAUUCCUUGUGAGGUAACCGUUGUUAUCUCAGCCCGGGAUUGGGCGAUCACAGGCUGUGCAGAUGGGUCCGUUGCCAUGUGGGAUGCAAAUACUGGUGAAUGGUGCAAAUCUCUUUUUGGCCACCAUUUGUCGGUAAUAUCUGUGGCUCUAUCUCCUGACGGUUCUUCAAUUGCAACGGCAUCUUCUGACCAUACUGUGAGGUUGUGGAGCACGCAGCGGCAAGCAUGGCGUCUAACGCUAAGAGGACACCGAGGUUGCGUCCACUGCGUUAGCUUCUCAGGGGAUAGUAGUCGCUUGGUGUCCGCCUCCAGUGACAGAACUGCCCGGGUUUGGAGUGCUGGUAGUUUUGGUGAAUGCCUUUCCGUAUUGCGAGGGCAUCGCAGGGAUGUGUCUUGGGCUGCUUUCUCUCCAGAUGAUGCCGAAAUUAUCACUGGUUCAGACGACAGGAAUGUCAUUCUGUGGGAUUCAAGAACUUUCUCCAGAUCAUGCACCAUUGGCAGUCAUCCUCACCGGAUCAACUGCGUCAUGUUCUCUUCCAAUGGCAUGCGUAUUGCCAUCGCAUUCCGCACCCGAGAAGUUUCGGUGUGGGCGAUUUCAAGACCAGGUCUUACUGCAGAGCUGCAGACACGCUUGAUGCACGAGGCAGAUGCGUUCGCGUUGUGCUUUCAUCCGGCGCGGCAAGAACUGGCGGUCGCACUGGCCAACGGGAUGGUGAUCCUUUGGGAUUUAGUCGAAGGCCAGCAACGAGCUUCCUUGCAGGGCCACAGCGGCAAAGUUUUCAGCAUCAGUUUCUCAGCGGAUGGCACACGCUUGGCCUCUGCAUCUGGUGAUGCGACUGCCAAAGUUUGGAGCUGUAAGACCUAUAGAUGUGUGCGGACCUUGGAAGGUCAUACUGAUGCUGUGAACUCGGUCUGCUUUGCGCAGUGGCGCUCGCUGGAGCUAGAAGAGGAGGAAGAGACUGAAGCGCAGACCACAAAAUGGUGGGCGGCCUUUGUCAUCAAGGCUGCAGGCUUCAGCUGCACGCAAGAUGCAAACAAGAAGGCUGUUAUCUCCGAGACCUUCCGUCAUCUCCACGAUUUCACUGCUCAAGUGAUUGGGAUCUGCAAGAAUGCCACCACUGAUGUCUAUCAGCGUUUCAGCGGCUACGCGGCUCGCCACCGACGAGCUUUGUUUUGCGAGCGUGUGUUGGCAGUGCUGGAUAGCCUCCAAGCUGCAGCUACGGCCAUCAUAUGCACCGAGCAGGCAGCUGCUAAGCCAAAGGAAGCCAUCGGAAGGAUGCAAGAUCUGCUUCUGGAGCUGAAGUUCCUGCUUCAGGACCUCAAUGCAUAUGGUGAUGGGAGCCUGCUGGAGGUGGUGGAGCAACAUUUGUCAGCAAUGGCAAACUCCAUAAACCACGCUGACAGUGGCGCUGGCGCAGCAGCCACUGUCCUGACAGCAGCGGGGCCACCCCAGGACGAACUUCAUUUUUGA